UAAGAUGUGCGGUAAGAUCGUGAUAAGCCAGCUCCCGGAAACUCUGAGGCAGGUCACCAGUCAGAGACGAAUCAUCAUCAUCCCGCAGAGCAAAAACAUGGACGCUUCCUCUGCCAAGGCCGAUGCUGACGGGAACUUCUGUGCCAAGGUCAAACCUGGCAUCCAUGUUGUACAGGUCCACAUGACUGAAGAAGAAAAGGCAGCAGGUCUGUCCAUUGUCCCGAGUGAAAAGACGGUCACUGUUACGGACAAACCAGUUAUGGACGUCACUUUCUCACAGUUCCAGGCCAAGGUCACAGGCACAGUGAUAUGUCUGGGUAAGGUCAAGGUCGUAAACAAAGGUCAUAUACCUUAAAAGGGUUCAUAACUA